AUGCCCGAGUAUACUGGACUUUGGCUCUCGUCAGAUCGUGGAGAUGUAAAUCGUUUGUCAUUGCGUGAAUUAAUCAAUGAAGUUGGUAGCAACGUGUCUGAAUCUGUCAUGGCCGACUAUGGUGGACAACUCUCAUCUCCUCCAGAAAACAUUAUUAGCAUCAUUCUAUGA